AUGGUGAAGAAAAGCAAUGGAAAAUGGAGGAUGUUUGUGGACUUCACAUAUUUGAGCAAAGCAUGUCCAAUGGAUGCAUAUCAUUUGUCGCGUAAUGACUUGCUGGUAGAUUCGACAACCAACAACCAGCUCCCGAGCUUCAUGGACGCCUACUCUAGGUAUAAUCGAAUCAUGAUGAACCCUGCAGACAAGGAGCACACAUCAUUCUUCACAGAUAAUGGGGCCUUGACGUAUGAGAGGUUGGUCAACAUGAUGUUUGCGAAGCAGCUGGGACGGAACGUGGAGGCUUAUGUAGAUGGCAUGAUUGUGAAGUCCCGCCUCGCGAAUGGUCAUUGCAUAGAUUUACAGGAGACCUUUGACACUCUGCAGAAGUAUCGAAUGAAGCUGAAUCCCGAGAAGUGUGCUUUUAGAAUGCAGUCAGGGAAAUUCUUGGGGUUCAUGAUCAAUCAGCAAGGGAUCGAAACCAAUCUCGAAAAGGUUCCGACCAUUCUGUACAUGGCCUCCCCAAGGAAUGUUCAUGAAGUGCAGAAGUUGACUGGAAGGUUAACUGCGUUGAAUAGGUUUUUGACAAGGUCAGGGGACAAGUGCUACCCGUUCUUCCAGGCUCUCAAAAGGGCGCGGAACUUUGCCUGGUCUGAGGAAUGCGAAGUGGCAUUUGAAGGGAUCAAGGAGCACUUGCAUACCUUGCCUGCAUUAGUGAAGCAAAUGCAUGAUGAAACCCUGUCCGCUUACCUUAGAGUCUCUGACACAGCUGUUAGCUCAGUACCGAUCCGCGAAGAGAGGAGAGAGCAGCAGUCAGUUUACCAUGCCAGUAAGUGCUGCUCCCAACAGAGAAGAACUACAUGGCUAUUGAGAAGUGGGGCUUCAUGUUGGUAA